CCCGCCUGCGUGCUGACGUCAGAGGGCGUGUCCACACAGAGGACAGAGGGGACUCCACAAUGGGAGACAGUUUCCAUGAGCAGCUGAUGGAGGACAGCGCCUUCCUCAGAGUUGAGCAGAGACUGGACACAGAACGGGUGGACAAAGUCAUCCUGCAGCUCAACAGAAUCUACCCACAGAUCCUCACAGACAAGGAGGCCACCAAGUUCAGAAACCUGGACGUCCCUACAAGCGUUCGACUGGGUGAACUCCUGACACACCUGCAGAAGAAAGGCGAGGAAGCAUGCAGGGAGUUUUACAGAGCGCUUCACUUGCAUGUGGAGGAGGUAUACUACAGCUUACCCACACGGCUCCGCCUCAGAGAUUUCAUGGAUCCACUCACAUUUUCUCGUGCCUACAAACACAGAUAUUAUCUGAACGACAAAGGUCCCUUCUUCUUUCUGGGCUGUUUUGGAGUCGCUGUGGGAAUGGCUUUGCUCUAUUACUACAGUGAAGCUAAAGUGUCAGGAGGCAGCCGGGCCCUGGGGAUGGCGGCUCUUGGGCUGAAAAGAAAAGCGCAGGAGGUUCUUAUAUGGUACACCGAAGAAAACCUCAGAAAGUAAUGUGUGGCUCCUUCACACCGGGUGCUUCAGCAAUACUGCUCCUAUGAAUUGUACUUGUACCAAAGCACAGCACUAUAUCAAGGGUUCAAUAUUAUUUGCAUGAGCUGUAUUUGGCAGUUUGCUACUAUUUUCACUCAUGUCUAUUUAAAUGGGUUAAAGGGAUUACUACAAAACAAGUAUAAAGUAUAGGAACAGUGAAUAACUUAUUGUCGCUGCAAGCAUCCACUAAAGUAGUAUUGUACAAACACAAAUUGCACUGCUGUCAAUUGUACUGAUUGAGGCUUUCUAAACAACUAAAUAUCAGGGAGAUUCGUUCUUGGCUGUUGCACUGUUCUCCAAAAAAAAUAGCCUCUAAUCAAUCAUUUGGUGUUGUGACCUACAUUAGACUAUUUUUCCGUUUGUUGGUUGCAUACACCACUUCAUUUGUUUUUGUUCCAGUGAGGCUUCGACAUAAAUGCAUUCAGGUUUCCGUCAGUCUGAGCUGAACCAUGGCCGCCAUCUUGCGGCCAAAACAAGCUACGUCACCAAAACCGUGUUGUCCUAAUAGGAAGCUUCUGCUCACAUUUUAAACAGCAGCCCAAAAAAUAGCUUUAUUUUUUUAUACCUCUCUGUUCGUAACAACAUCGAGUAUUUGGGCUGAAUACGAUUUUAAACGAAUUUACGAUGAGUUUUGCGAUCACGUGAUUUGCUCCACCAAUGGCGUUCCGCCCUGCCGGCGCGCUGCAUUGUGGGUAGAGCUGUAAACAAACCAAAAUGUAGAAACGUCGAAUGAAAAACCGUGAAGUUUUUGCCCGGAUUAAAGUAAAACUAAAACAAUUGAGCUUAUUUGGGUGUAGCGGUUGUAAAACAGGAAGUAGCACCAUGAGUGAGAACAAGUUGUUUAAUUCUGCGUAUAUAACGUGACGUCCCUCCUCUUUCAGGGCGUGUUGUAUGAAAGGAGAGAAGGUUAGCACUCCCCUUGACAAGGAUGGAAGUGGCCCUUGUGGCCUGCAACACACAUACGGUUAAGGCAUUGCCACCUACUUCGUGGCAUCUCUAACCAAGUUUUU